CUUUAUUUACAAACAGAAUGGCCGAUGCGAGUGCUUUUUCAGAACAUGAUCAACAUCAUCUCAACACUUUACCUCCUCCAUAUGAACCACCUCCUGUUUGGAUACCACAUGAAGAGAGACUCCAUAACGAUAAUUACAACAAUGAUUUGAGAAUCUUUUUACCACGCACUGUUGUCCUAAAGAGGUUAAAAGCUUCUGAUGCACUAGGAUUUAACAUACGAGGUGGGAAAGAACACAACUUUGGUUUUUAUGUCUCUAAGGUGAUGCCUCAAAGUGAAGCAGCCAAACUUGGUCUCAAAGAAGGGGAUCAAAUACUUAAAGUUAACAACAUAGAAUUCGACACAUUAGAUCAUUCAGAGGCUGUUAAAGUAUUGAAGUUUAGCACAACAAUAGAGAUGGUACUUCGCUAUUUCCCUUAUGGCUAUCAGAGAACUUAUGACAGAAUGGAUCACCACACCUUUUCUGCACAACAGCGAGCUGUAGCUCUUGGUCAAACAUAAAUUCUAUCCACUAAUUAAAUUUAAAUGCCUUUGUAUUUUGAAUUCCACUUAACUUUGUGAAUUGUAUAUAUACUACAUUCAUUUCAUUCCCACAAUCAUUUCUUUUAAAUUAAAACUUGAUAUUUGCUUCCAUUUGGCAUUCAGAGACAAAAAAAAAGCCUAUUUUUUAACUUAGUCACUUCAAAAGUAAAGGUAAUUGUCUAUUUCAUUUAAAAAAUAAACUAAAAAGGUUUGUAUAUUUGAAACCAUCCAUACAAUUUUACUAAAGUCAAUAACAGAAGAGAUAUUUUUGUUAAGUUAUAUUUUUGUUAAUGCUUUUAAUAACUUUGUAAAAUAAAAUGAAUUUUUUUUUUUUUGUUACAAAUAACUACAUUUUGACUAAUACUAGUACUGUAUUAAGUUUAGAUUUUAUUUAUUGUGUUAAGAUAAAAUGUAACAAACUUUAUUCAUAGAUUUAAAAAAAUAAAUACAUUGAUUAGCAGUUUUAUAAUGAAUUUUUUUUACAUGAGUUAUAAAAAAUUAGAUUGAGCCAUGUACAAUAAGGUUCAUCCGUUCUCUAUUUUGGUAAAAUAUAAAUUUUAUAUUAUCUCAUUAGCUACUAAUGCGACCAAAUGCGCCCUUCCCCCCCUCAGUACUAAUGCGCCCAAAUGUGCCCGCCACAGCACACACACAGCGUGACUUGCGUAGCUCUCGUUUUCAGGCGCGACGUGUGGUGUUAUUUUGAGCUGGCUGGGUUUUUUUUAAAAGUAGAAAUAUAGAUUGUUUUGUUAAAAAAACCCGGAUGUUUUUACAUCUUUCACUUCAGUUUCUAUGGGCCUUCAAAGUUUGUUGAUUUUUUUUUAGAUUUUCCUUAGCUGCGCAGGCCAUUUUCUCAAUGACCUUUCAAUUUUUAGCCCCAUUAUCGCAAAUAAUACACUAAAUACAGCUAAUAAUGAACUUGAUAUUGAUCAAGACAUUGAUCAUUAGAAUUUAGCGCUACAUUUAGACUUAGAUCUAGUCCGUUUCAGAGAGAGAGAGUAAACUCAUGUAAAGUAAACAUUAGAUCUAUCAUCUAGCCUAGAUCUAGACUAUUCUGGAUCUAGCGUCAAUGAAUCUUCAACUUCUUUGACUGAUAUUUUGAACAGUUUUUAUUUACCACAUGAAAACUUUUGAUGAAAUAGAUCUAGUUGGGGGUGUUCACAACGUUGGUUUGGACAAUGGUUUGAUUACUUUUACUUUGUUAUGCUAGAAGUAAUGAAAUCUGAGACACAUGCAGAACCACAUCAUCAUGAUGCCAUGUUCAGGCAACUAAGGGCCUCACGCGCACCCAGCGAAAGUCAGUAAAUACUCAAGACAUAUACAGAUUUUAUAUAUAAGCAUAAUGUUUAUUGUAUAGGCCUACUAAAUUCCUACUUAUAAACAUUACUGGUCUUUGAGUAAAUGUUAAAGGUUACCAAAAAUUACAGAUCUGAUGGAGGGGGGGGGGGGGAUCUACCAGUCUUCAAAAAAUCAGGCACUCGAACAAAUUUUCGUCUUUACCUGUUGUUUUUAUUGUUUUAAUCUUGUAAAACCUAUUCAAAUUAUACAUCAUUCUAAUGGUCAUCCAUUUCUCUUUUUUUAGAAGUAUUUUUUGAUAUUGAUAGAUGUUGUUUUAUGUUUUUAAAAUAUAUUUUGUAAAGUCAGUCUAUUGAUGUUUUGGAGUUACCUCCCUUUGCUUAGUAUUUAGAGAGAUGCUGCUUAGGUAUGUGCUUAGUAGCUAAUUAGUUAUUUAGUUAUUUAUUAGGUAGGCUAGCUCUUUCUAUUUACUGCUUUAUUUUCUUUUAUUUAUUUUCUUAUAAGCUCAUCUAAAGGUGAGGUCAGUUCUGUCUCAUUUUUUAAACUGCUUUCUGGUAUUGAUUGUCAAUGCAAGUCUUGACUAUUUUGUGACACGGCUUUACCAACUUAUUUCUUACCAGCACUUAAAAGCCAUGAAUGUAGUAUUUCUCAGCUUCAAACAACCACAUUUAGAGCAACAGCUGAGCUGUUACGUCUGUUAAGAGACUCUUAAGCGUACGCCAAACAGAUCCAUUAAUAGUAGAUUAUGAGAACUUUAAUCUUGUUUCAACAAAUAAUAAUAUGUCAAUAAUAACUUCAUUUACAUUACUGCAUUUUUAGAUCCUUCUCUCUCUCCCACUCUUUCAGCACGCAUUCACACCAUUUCACAUUCACACUAAUGCGCACAUAACACUUCAUGCUGCCCAUUCUUCAUUAUAGAUUUCCUAAAUCCUGCUGAUACAGCAACCUGAAUAUAUUUUCUUCCUUGUGACUUGACUUCUCUUACCAGAGCUCCUCUUCCUAUAUAAAAUCUUCCGCCUCUACCUCCUUUCUGAGCCAACUGACUAGACUCUGGGUCAUUUUUUUUUUCCAUACUAAACUUUGGCUUGUUGAAUACUAUCAUUAAAAGUUCUAAUGUUUCUGUGUUUUCUGCUAAUCCUUCUUCCUUUUUUUUUCCUUAUCUGGUAACUGGAAUAAUUUUUCCAUAUCUCCUGCAUCCAAGUCCUUACAUUUGGAUUGAGUAAUACUCAUUCUGAAACACUUCUUCCAAUUUCCCAUAUCAUAUCCUUUUCAUUGCAAUUCUUUAUACCUGGAAUAUUUCCAAUAAUCAAAUCAAUAUGGGCAUGGUCUAUUACACGUUUCCACCAUUCUGGUAAAAUAUGGUGUGUCAAUUUUAAUUCUAGCAACUGGUAACUAUGAUCUUCCCAUCAAACAUCACACAGUUCCUGGUUUUACUGGUAUAUUCUUCUUCUUCUACCAAUUGCCUGUUAACUCCAACUAUUGUACUCCUGAUAUCUCUUAUCAUCCUUGCUAGUUUAUUUCCAACAAAGGUCUCCAAAUACUCUAGGCUUCCUGCACAUGUUAACAUUGACAAACUUUGAUCUCUUCUAUCUCUUACCCCGCCAUAUCUUCCCUGUCCAUUUCUUUGAUAUCGUCCUCAUUACUAUAAAACUGUUCUUGUCUGCUACUUAUUUGGUUCCUUUCUUUUCCUCUAAACCUAUUUUGUUCAUCAUAUCUAAAUCGUCUGCCGUUGUUGAUGUAGUUGUCUCGUGUAUCGACCAUUUCUUUGAUAUCGUCCUCGGUUACUAUAUUAAAACUGUCCUUGUCUGCUACUUAUUUGGUUCCUUCCUUGUCCUCUAAACCUAUUUUGUUCAUCAUAUCUAAACCAUCUGCCGUUGUUGAUGUAGUUGUCUCAUGUAUCGUGCAUCUCGUUCUGCAACUAUUUCUUCUAUAUCACUGCCUCUGAAUAGUUUCUUAGGGGGAUAUGCCACCUUAUAAGCUCUUAUCAAUCUUACUGUCUUCAAUGGAUUUCUGUUUCCUCUCCAACAAAAAUAUUUUUAAUUCCUCCUGACACUCAAAAACUACUUUGUCAAGCAUUAGAAAUUUCUUUAGACUGUCAAAAGUCUUUUCUAUUUUAGUGGUUUCAGUCCAAUUUUCAAAAUGACUGGUCAUUCUGUCCAAGAAAGUCUGUGGGCCAUCAUAUCUUUCUAUCGAACAGUUAACAAAUUGUUCAUGAUAAAAUACCUCUGUUUUUCCAUACAUUCGAAGUAGUUACCCUGGUUCAUGCAUGUCUUUGAUGGAACCUCUGUUACAAAUGAGCAUUUGUCUUCAGGGUAUUCCAGUUACCUCAUUUCAAUUUCAAACUUCUUCAGAAAAAUGUCUAUGUCCAUUUAGGCUUCUUCGAAUAUUGCACCUUUAUACUUUGCUAGUUUAUUCCCUGUAGCUUCCCCAUUUCUUUUAUCGCUCUCUUUUUCUUGGUCUGUUUGUAACUUUUUCUCCGCCAUCUCUUUUGCCAAUGUCUUUCAAUGUCAACUAAUUACCAAUAGUAUACUGUCACUAGAUCUGGACUUAAAUGUCUCGACUAUUGACAGGUGAUCAACUAGAUCAACUAUGUACAGAGGAAUACAUGGGUUUUACCUUUAUGUUGGGCGCCACUUGUUACGCCUGUUACGAGACUCUUAAGCUUGCACCAAACAGAUCCAUCAAUAGUAGAUUAUGAAAACUUUAAUCUUGGUUCAACAAAUAAUAAUAUGUCAUUAAUAACGUUGUUUACAUUACUGCAUUGCUAGAUCCUUCUCUAUCUCCCUUCUUUCAAUACACAGUUGCACAAUUUCACAUUCACACUAAUGAGCAUAUAACAAGAGGGUACUAAAAAAAAAAUAGUUAAAGGAGGUUCUUUAAAAAGUAAGUUAAAGGGGGACAACAAUGUUAAAUCAACAUAACCUUCAUGUGUGUGUGUAUUAGUGAAAAAAGAUGCAAAUAAAAUUCAACUCUAAGAAGUUAUGCUUAUAGCUGCAUUUGACCUAAAAAAAAUGUUGGACAACAAGAUCCUUAGUUAAUAAAUAACUAUUCAUCUUUGAAAAUGCUUCACUACUUAAGGCAUAACAAACAAAAACAUCUCUGAUUUCUAAAUUAGGUGUAUUACAAAGCAGUGUUGUAAAUGAGAACUACCUACCUUUUUAUAUUGACAGUUUUAUAAUUUUUUUUACCAACACUUAUUAUAAUAUCCUUCUCAGGAUGAGGAUUUCAUUUUUAGUGAGUUUGUUUUGCAUAGAAAUAGUGUUCAAGUGUAAUAAUCUUUAGGUUAAUAUUUCCAAUUUUAUUUUCCACUUCUUCAUUUAGUUAAUUUUUUCCACAUUUUCCAUUGAGACUCUGCUAUAUGAUUGUGUAGAAUCACUUUUGUGGAUCUACCAUUAAGACUUAAAAAUCAAAUCUCAUAUAUUUAGCAUAUUUGCUCUCUCUUAUGCUCCAAAUUCUUCCAAAUAUACUGUUCUUGAUUUUUUAUUCAUGUAUUUAUUUUUUUAAUACAUUCAUGGUUUACAUCUUAAAUGUUUUAUUUGAAAAUGAAUUAUUAAUAUUUCUGGUUUAUAAAAGGAAAUUUGUAUUUCAAGGAAUAUUUCAAGUGAUUUUGUUAUUGCUUAUCAGUUUCUGUAAUCUUUACUCUGUGCAUUACUCAGUAUUACCCUAACACAGUGUUUCCCAAACUGUGUUCAUGGAACCCCAGAGUUCCACAAGGCCUGAUCAGGUGUUCCAUGAACUAUAGGAGUAUUUAAUGAGUAGGUGUACACAUGAAUUCAUUAUAAAGUAAAUGCAGAAAAUAAAAUUUGAUUUCAUUACUUCUUCUCAGUAGCGAUAAAAAAAAAUUAUUACAUCACUUUGAAUUUUGAACUGAUGUUGAUUCUUACUCUAAUUUGAAACAAAGUUACAAAUAUUAAACACUCAAUGAUUUCUGGUCCAGUUUGUCUGAAGAGUGGGCCUAUUUCAAAAUAAACUAUAUUGAUUUUAAAAAUAAA